ACUGCUCUUUGAGAUGUGUUUGUGCAUAUGUUAUUGUAACAGUUGUUCAGAAUAAUUGAUAUUCUAUUGUUUCAUGGCAGGGCAUAUGAGCAUAUUGUUCUUGUGCAUUAUAGAGAAACAAGUGAGAUUGGGAUUUGAAGUUGCAGCAAACCAUGGUGGAAAAUUUUCCCUUGAACUCAGCUGAUGCAGCAUACACAAAAAUCAGAGGAAUGCUUUCUACCCUUGGCGAUCCAUUCACUCGGAUUAUCAGUCCAAAGGAAUACCAAGGAUUUAGAAUUGGAAGUGAUGGGAACUUACAAGGAGUAGGCCUCUUCAUAAAUAUUGAACCAAGAACUGGACAUUUGCAGCAUGUUCAGCAACCUGAAAAGUUCAGACUUACGAGACAGACUUCCUUUGGGAGGAGACAUUUGAGUGUGUGGACCACAAAUCCUAUUCUCAUUUGGAUUGUUUGUUUCUUCAGGCAGUUUGUAUGCUCAGUACCUAAAGUGGAUUACUUGACCUUGAGACAUGGGUUUGUCACGGCACACUUGGCACCUCAAAAUCACCAGAAGUUUGAUUUUAUGCAAUACAUUGAAAGAACAUUGGAAGAGGACUUCGAAGUUGUUGUAGAAAUCAGGUUCAUGUGAUGAUUACUAUAUGUAUUUUAACAAUUAGCUACCGAUACAUUAAUUAAGUGAAUUUAUAAUUA